AAAAUAAAAAUGCAAUACUUAGACAAUUAUCUGCAAUCCAAAGGUGGAUAUGACUAUACAAAUGUCAAGAGGUACAGAAUUGAUUAAUUGCAAUCUAAGAAACGAAUUGAUGAAGGCCUAAGGAUUCAAAGAAAUGCCAUUCACAAAAACAGGAACGACAAUAGUUGGUGUCAUUUUUGAUGGCGGAGUAGUGAUGGCAGCAGAUACAAGAGCAACUGCAGGAUCGAUAGUAGCAGAUAAAAAUUGUGAGAAAUUGCAUCCCUUAGCUCCCAAUAUCUGGGCUGCAGGAGCUGGUACAGCUGCAGAUUUGCAUCAUUAAUGUGCUCAUUUUAAUGCUAAACUCAAACUUUAGAGACUCAAUUUGAAUAGAUAGAGUAGAGUCAACGAGGUGAUUACUAAGUUGACCACAAAACUCUUCCCUUAUAGAGGUCACAUUGGUGUUGCUCUGAUCAUUGGUGGAAUUGACUCAAAUGGACCAUAAUUGGCUUCAGUCUCUCCUCAUGGAAAGUAAGGGACUGUACUUAAUCUAUUAGUUAUGUUUAUCAUCCAUUUUAAUCUAUGGGCAGUGGAUCUCUUGCAGCUCUGGGAAUUCUAGAAGCCAAAUUCUAAGACGGUCUUACCAAGCAAUAAGCAAUUGAUCUUGCCAUCGAGGCAAUUGAGGCUGGAAUCUUCCAUGAUAUGGGGUAUUUUGGGCAUUCUAUUAUUUUAGAUCAGGCAGCAAUGUUGAUGUAGUUGCAAUUACUAAGGAGGGUGUCGAUUAUAGAAGAAAUAUCAGAUAAUACAAUGCCAAAUCCCAUCAGAAACAAAUACCUUAUCAAUUUCCAGCCAAUAAUACACGUAUAGUGAUCUAUUGAGUUUUAGCUGCUUUAAGGAAAUUUGAAUUUAAUUUUGAAAAACAAGAACUCAGUGAAGUCGGACAAGAGAUGGAGAUAGUUGAGUGA